CCCUGCAGAUGUCCUCGUCUCCUGCAGCCACAAUCGCCAGGAGACUCUAGGAUGGCUUUAUCCACUAUUCAGAAGGUGGUGAUGUUCUCCGGCCUGGUGCUGUGCGUGUCCCUGCUCCUGCCCAAAACCUUCCAGAACAGGGGGAAGCCGUCCCUGCAGCAGCCGGAGGGAAAUAGCGGCCGUUUUCCGUCUGCUGUUCCUCAUGGUAAACCAGUGGACUUUAGGGGGGGAGGUUUUCCCCGCUCUCACUUAUCUGAAGCUGUGUCGAAGGCGAAAGCUGGUGGAGGAGGAAGUAACAGCCGGCAGAGUCUCGUGGGGCAGAUAAUACCCAUCUAUGGGUUCGGGAUAUUACUGUAUAUACUCUAUAUACUUUUCAAGCUCUCCUCUAAGGGCAGACCGGUGAAGCCUGAGCCCCGCAGCGCCCCCAUCGCCAACGGGAACCUGAAGAGGAAGAUCACUGACUAUGAGCUCGGCCAGCUGCAGGAUAAACUGCGCGAGACCGAGGAGGCCAUGGAGAAAAUCAUCUCACGCCUGGGGCCCCACAAUGAGAGAGAAGGUAACGUCAGUGACGGCGAGGAGCAGGAGCUGCUGCAGAGGCUGAAGGAGAUCACUCGGGUGAUGAAGGAGGGAAAGGUCCUGGACGGCGUCACCCCAGAGCAGGAGGCCGAGGAGGCUCCCUACACGGAGGGAUGGGAAGGUUACCCAGAAGAGACGUAUCCGAUCUACGACCCGUCUGAGGGCAGGAGGAGACCCAAGACCAUCCUGGUGGACCGCUCGCUGCUGAGCCAGCCCUCCGCGGAGGAGAUCGCCGAGCAGCUGGAGUUCAUGGACGAUUAUAAUCGUUUCUGCACAGAACACGCAGCGGAGGAUGGGAGUAAUCCUCCUACGACGCACAACCUAUGUGACGACGCCCAGCGCAGCCCCAUCCUCGCCCCAGACGAUGAGAUCUGCUCCGAGGAGCCGAGCGACGAUGAGGACCCUGCGGUUAUAGCGGAGAAUGCCGGCUUCAGCUCAGAGGCGGCCAGCGAGGAGGACUCCGAGGCUUCUGUGACAGAUUCGGCUGUGAGCGGAGAUUUACUGGAAACCGUCAGUAAUUCAGUCGGGGAUGAGUUACAGUCUCUGCGCAAACGGAGCAAAAAGUCCCCAGACUGCUAAAUGUCCCCAAAUCUGGUGACUGACGGAGGGACCCGUGAGAGCUCCGGUGAUGUCACUGCCCCAUGUCAGCCAUGACAUCGCAGUGCAUGUACUGCAAAAGUAAUCACACCCCCACAUCACUAUGGCCCGGAUCUACUCAUGUGACGCCCCUAGAAUCUGGGGAACUUGGGUGUCUCCAGUUGUUUCCGAGCGUGGAUUAACAGGAAAGGGGCGUGGCCUCAGAUGGGAACCUGUGCGCCAAAUGACACGACCCAUACAGGUAUAGAGCAAGAGGAAAAUGUCUGCACCGAGUGUAUCAUGAAGGUGGAGGUCCAGAGCGCCAGCUACACGGUCCAUCAGUGUGGCCCCAUAGAAGAGAACAGGAUGGGCCCCGCCGCUCACUGAGAGCUCUGCCAAAUGUACUGUGUAUUAUUAACUGUGCACCUUACUGGAUGUGUCUGCAUAGAAGCCAGUGCUGUGUGUUAGGACGCAGAGCUCCAAAUCCACUGCACUAGAGAACACAGAAGUCUGCUGCCUGCAGCCACCACUAGGGGGAGCUCCUCACUACAUACAGAUCAUACAGCCACCACUAGGGGGAGCUCCUCACAUGCAUACAGAUCAUACAGCCACCACUAGUGGG